AUGAGCGACAGGGAUGACGAUGUGACGCCCCAGCGAAAACGCAUCGCGGUGGCCUGUGGACGGUGUCGAAAGAGGAAGAUUCGCUGCAGCGGCGAUACUGGUAAUGGAGGGCCAUGCACCAACUGCAAAAACGCAGGCUAUGAACCGUGUCAGUUUCUAAGGGUGGCGUCGCAGGAAACAACCUUGAAGGGCGAGAGCUUUACGUACAGCCUCGAAGCUUCUCGACAGUACCAGGCGCGAGGAAGCUCUGCUAUAUCAUCUUUAUCUGCGUCGACUCCAUCCUACACUGAUGGAAUCCCCGCCUACACAACUGAAGCCUUUGUCUACCGCAACCCUGCCAACUUUACAUAUGGCACCAAGUCCUACUGUCCUCUUGCCUGGGGUAAUGGAUAUGCGGACGACCCGAGCUACAACUAUGCUCUGUACCAGCCAGCCUACUCCCCAGUGCACGACUCAGACUACAGUAUGAGCUAUAGGAUCGCUUCUGGAACCCCUGGAAAGUCGGCACUUUGCGUGGACGCGGAACCCAGCUACUCAUACAGCAGCGGGAACACCAUGACGAAUCUGGUACACCGACCAGCUCAGGCAGCGACCGAAUCGACCGCCUACAACCUGGUGCCUGAUUCCAAGAACGUGGCUUUCCAGAAUAUGGCGUCAGACCCAAAGGGUCUUGCUCUCCAGAACAUGGCGGCGGGCGUCAACACAGGCGAGAGGGUACUGCCCGCGCCAGUGGUUCGGUCUUCAAUGUCCAGCUCGAUAGGGUCGUCGUACAAGAACGAUUCGGGCAGCUCCAUCUACAGCAACAACAGCAGCAGCAGCAGCAAGUCAUCCCAAGACUCCACCUCGGAGACGUCGCCUGUUAGCUCUACUUCCGAGACGCCCUCGAGUUACACGAGUUACGAGUCCUCCACGUCGAGCUGCCUGCCCUCGUAUCCUCCCAUCACUCAGUACGGCCGCUCGGGCAACGAUCUCUACUCGCAUACAGGUUCUUCGGAUACAGCGCUGUUCGCGUCGAGUCAAGGAGGUCCUGACAUGACGUACCGCUACACGGACACGACGGCUGGAGUAACGGUACCGGUGGCCGCUGCUGGUCGUCGUGAUCUGCCCCAUCUCAACGGCAACGGCCUAGGUACCUUUUCGCUUGGUCAUGCUGCGGCGUCUUACCUACCUCACCACGGUACAGCUUACAUGUUGCCCACUGGUGGUGAUAUUGGAGGAGAUGCAGCGACAGAACACAUCCGCAGGAGUGCGGGUGCGGGGUCUCUCUGA